AUCUCCUUCAAGGCAGUGAGCUCCUUUGAUCCUGAGCUGGAUCUAUCCAACCAGAGUGGGAAAGUCCUGAACCACGUCAACGAAAGCAGCCACAUCUUCCUGGGUCUCUACCCAGGAUCUACCUACUCCUUCACUCUCAGAGCCUCCACCGCCAAGGGCUAUGGCCCCCCAGUCAUCACACAGUUCACCACCAAGAUAUCAGCUCCCUCCAUGCCAGCCUAUGACCAGGAGACAUCUCUGAACCAGACAGACAGCACAGUGACUGUCCUGCUGAAACCUGCACAGAGCCGAGGGGCACCUGUCAG